AUGAGUAAUCAUCAGCAGUGUAAGGUCGAUGACUUGCUGUUUGGCAAAGAAGACGAAAAGGCAAAAUAUAGAUCCUCAGGUGGAGGAUCCUCCAGUCAGAAACGAAGUAAGCACAAACACAAGAAGAAAAAGUCAAAGCCAGGUGUCACCCAGGUAAAAUCUUCUUCGCCUACCGAUCAGGUCUUGUUUGGUGACGAUGAGAAGGCCAAAGCAAAAGCAUCCAGAGGGAGAAGUGGAAAGAGUAAGCCUGGUAUUGUUCGUGUCAGCGACAAACCUGCUAAGAAUAAUGGAAGGGGACAAAUGUCAAGCAAUAAUAGCAAUAAUAACACAUCGCGGACAGCACACGACAACAACAAGUUGACACCAGCUACUAUUGCGCCAGGAUCAGCCCCGUAUUCACUGGCGACUGCUGGUAUCAUCAAGGGAUCUGCUGGUCAUGGCGAUGCAGCGGAUCCCAUGAACAAUUUUGGAACGGAAUUAUAUAGUGACACGAAGGAAAAAAAGAAAUCUCCGUCUUCCGAAGACUCGCCGUCGAAUACCAAAAAGUACGCCAUUAUUGCCAUAGCCGUUUUGGCUAUAGUUGGUGGCGUCGUUGCGGCUGUCGUCUUGAGUGGUGGAAACAAGUCCAAUAACGAAGACAAAGCUGCAGUCACUUCGGUCCCACAGGUGAUCGUCACGCCAUCGCCUACCACUUUUGCACCAACCGUAUCCACACAGUCGCCAAGUGCAAUUGACCCGAACGUGCCAUCUCAAAGAGAUUGUCAAAACAUUGCCUCGCAACUACAUGUUACAGACCAGGACCAACUGAUUUCGAAAUCAUUUAGAGUGGACUUGGAUGUCGUUCCAUUGACAUUUGAUAGUGAUCCUGCCGACUUGCUACAGCAAGUUGUGACUGCCUUUCGACAACGAUUCGCUCCUAGUUUGGCUGGAUGCGAACCAACGACUCCUGGUGGUGGUGGUAGCCGCCAACGUCGACAACUCCGCAACCACCAGCAGCGAAUUCUCCUGGAAGUAUCCGACUACAAUGUGAGAAACGCCUUGGCUACCGGAAAGCAUCUUGAAGGAAUGAGCUGCGAUGGUGAUAACAAUGCACAAUCCACCUGUUAUCGAUUUCAAAUUAUUUUGAAUCUUUUCUUGAAAGAGGAAACCAGUGACUUUGGUUUAAUAAAUCUGAUCAUGCAACUCAUUGGCGAUCCCGAGCAAGCUGUUCAAAGAUUGGAUUUGGUCGAUGCAUGCCGUGAUAUUAGAUUGACCGUGUCGAACAUCAAUGAGUCCAGUGCCCCAUCCAAUGCCUCAUCCAAUGCACCAACCCCACAGCAAGCUGGCUUGCCCACGUCUUCUCCUUCGACUACCCCACCAUCCAAGGCCCCAGCGGUCGGUUCCACGCCGGACCCAACAGCAUCUCCUUCGAUUCUACCAAGUGCAGCACCUUCCACCCCGCUUCCAACUCAAAGUCCAACUUGCAGUGGUGUCGGUCGCUUCUUUGAAGGCGGAUCUUUUGAUGGAGUCAGUGGAAGCGAUACUGUGUUUGGACACAGUUGCAGAACGGACGACAAGGAUUUAAUUGUUCUGAAGGAAGAAGACAACUGCGGUGUCCAAUGCAUUGGAGUUCUAGAAGGCGGCAAUCUUGACGAGGACAGGUGUGCUUCUGGUGACGUUGAGUUUGCAAUUGCAGUGGAUACUAGGAACCAAUGGUUAUUGAUUGGUUACAGGAGUACAUCGGUCAAUGACGAACUAGCGUCGUCUCUGAAUUGUCCCUCGAAUGUGCUGCAACUAUUUACUCCAGCCCCAACGCCCGUACCAACUCCGGAGCCUACACCAGCCCCAACGCCCGAACCAACGCCGGAACCUACUCCUGGUCCGACACCACCGCCGACUCCAGGCCCAACGCAACCGCCGACUCCACCUCCCACGCCGUUUCCUACCGAGAGUCCUGUAUCAUUGGCACCUACUUGCUACAAGUGUGACGGAGGAGACAGACAAUUCUUGGCAUGCCAAGGAGCACUAGAAGAACUCGUUGGGUGCAACAGUUGCAUAGGGAUGGGUGCCUGCGAAGGCAUGCAAACUGUUCGAGGUAUUGCUACGAAUUCCUGUCUAGGGCCGUUUGCCUGUUGGCUGGCUGAUAUUGUGAGCAUUGGACAAAGAUCUUGCAGCGGGGAUAGCAGUUGUCAAGGAAUAGGUGCUACUAGUCCUAAUAAUGGACAAGGAUCUAGAAUUGGAACAGAAUCUUGCAUCGGGAAGGGUAGUUGUCAAGGAGCAUUUGAUGUUACCGUUGGCGCUGAAGCGUGCAGGGACUUUGAAGCUUGUACGGUUGCGGACGGAACCAUCGGCUCGGGUAGUUGCAUAGGAAUUCGAGCUUGCCAUAUGCGCGAAUCCAAAAUAUCUCCAAACUCAUGCAAAGGGCCUACCGCUUGUGCCUUCGCUGAAGAUUGGCUGUCUGAAGCUAAUUGGUGCCUGUGCCGGUCGCAAGGGCCUGCGAAUUGGUGCGAACUCUUGUACCAAGAGAUUCAGUUGUGCGGGAUUGGUGAAUGGAGCCGUCUUCAACAUCCAAAGUCUCAACAGUCCCGUGGACAAUCUCGAGGGGCUGAACAGUCUCAUGAAACCAGUGAUGGAUCUGGUCGUUGGUUCUGGUAG